AUGGGGCUGCACGGGGAGCAUUGCGCUUGCCUUUUCUUCUCCAAGCUGCGGGAAGCGUUCGACCGGGGAUUUGAUGUUUUCUUGGAUGACAGCCAUUGUGUCCACGACGUGGCGGCCCUGCUCAAAGAGUUUUUCCGGGACAUGCCUGAUUCCCUGAUUCCCAGGGAGCUCUAUCCAGCCUUUGUCCGCACAGCCUGCCUGGAACGCGGGGCCCAGCUGUCCGUGCUGCAGCUGCUGGUGUACCUCCUGCCACCCUGUAACAGUGACACCCUGUACCAGCUCCUGCAGUUCCUCCACACGGUGGCCCAACAUGCCCAGGACUCCACCGGUCCAGAGGGACAGGAGAUUCCCGGAAAUAAAAUGACAGUCUCAAAUUUGGCUACAAUUUUUGGCCCCAACCUCCUGCAAAGAGAGAAGCCUCUGGAGAAAGACCCCAGCGCCCAGGCUGUGGACAUGGAAGACAGCGCGUCCAUCAUCCUCGUCCUCCAGCGUCUGAUUGAGAACUACGACGCCUUGUUCACGGUACCCCCCGAGGUGCAGCACGACGUCCUCCGGAGGCUGUUUCAGACGGAGCCUGAUGUCAUUGACUUCCUCUUACGCAGGAAGUUCAACGCCGCCCUGAGCACGGAGAGCGAGCCAGCUACAGAGACGCACCCCUGCUCCCUGCUGCCCAGCCAGUGCGGCAUGCUGGCGAGCGACCAGGUUUCCUCGCGUCUGUACAGCCACGUCUCCUUCCUAAACCUGCACGUUGAGAAGCAGCAGCCCCAGGGCAGCCCAAGCGCCACCCUGGCCUUUAACACGUACCAAAUGGUGCGACACAUCCACAAGAGAGACGCCGUCCCGCAGGCCAGGGUGCGGACGUCCUGGGAAGCAUAAAUCUCCAAGGGGACAUCUCCAUUUGCAGCAAUCCGCCUUCUCGUUCGUAGCCGCGCGUCGCCCCCCGGUGGGCGGCACGAGGAUAAACCGCAGAGAUGUUUUACUGUCCUAUAGCUGAGCUAGACCAGAUAGCGCUACGCGCGUAGGAGCCCUACCCGCAUCAGUGCUGUGGCUGCCCCAGGGAAUGACUUGGGGAUUUUUGCUAAUGUAAGCGAGGCCUAGGGUGACAUUACGCUGAAUUCCGGCCUGGCCUCGCCGAGGGCUAGAACGAACGCAUGGAACGUGUGUGGAGUUAUCGAAAGGGGCGUCUGUAAAUCUAGAGCGCCUGUAUUCCAGAGCUGCGUGUGCUCUGGAGGGCAGUGUGCACAACGGCAGGGGGAGCAGUUUGUGUGUCCGUGGGGCAUGUUGGCCGGGGGGGGGGGGGCUUGCUUGUGUCUGUUACCUAACAAGCCAUGGAGAUGCAUUUUCAUCUGAGCUGGUGCAGGAUAGGGUGCCUGCUUGCUCAUGUUAGCCCUGCCGCGAGUGGCAGCUCGUGUUUCCUACACUCCAGGAUCUGUGGGUUGGUUUCUGGGGGGAGUUUAAGGGGCUGGCUUUGGCCUAUAAAGCUGCCUCCCUGAAAGGCCCCUCAGCCCAUGUGCUGCUGCGAGCAGAGGCCCUUGAGCUGGACAUGUCUAAAAGGAGCACCUGCUCUGCCGGGGCCCCUUUCAUCCCUCCCUCCCUCCCUCCCGGUAGUCCCAAUUGGUUGACCUUUCAGGGUAUGUUGCAAAGCUCAGCAGAGGCUGUCAAAGGCAAGUUUGUCUGGGAGCAAAGCGGGCUGGGAUUUUCAGCUAGACGGGUUGCACCAUGUGCGGUUAGACAAGGCCGGGAAGGAGAACUGAUGCUGCUCUGGAAGGUGCUUUGUAACUCAUAGAUUCCUAGGGCUGGAAGAGACCUCGGGAGGCCAUCGAAUCCAGCCCCCUGCUAAAAAAGUUCACGUUAUUGUGUUUGUAAAUGUAUGGUACACAUCUCCGGAGCACUGGCUGGCGGCCUAUAGGACUGGAUUGUAUUGUAAACCAAAAUAAAGGAAUAUAUCCAAGCCAGAAAAAGGGAUUUUCCCGUUUUUCUAAAAGCGUAGCAGCACCUCUGUUGAGAUUAGAGCCGGGUUUUCGUUUGGAGCAAGAUUCCAAGCUUUGUUUCGGAGCGAGGUCGCCUGGCACCUUCCCCGGCCGCGCCGCGCAGGAGUUGAGGGGAGAGGCUGAGUU